AUGCCAGGGCUGUGGCUCAGCAGGCAGCUUUAUCACGCCAUCACUGGUCAUGACGAGAAGUUGUUUGCCGACUCUCUCAAUAGCCCUCUAGUCGUCUUCGUGAUGCUCAUCACCGCCAUCCGCCGCGGGUCUGGCCUGGUGGCUGGCGGCUACUCUCUCGCUUCAUCAAGCAGCAGUCCUCACUUCUCCAAAGCCACUCGCUCAAAAGCCAUUCUUCCCCCCCUGCUUUCACUCUCUCAGGUGGACUUUCUCCUCCAACUAGUCGCCCUCAAGGUGCUUGCCACAGCCAUCUGCCGUGGGUCGGGCCUGGUGGGCGGCUUCUAUGCGCCGUCACUGUUCAUCGGGGCGGCACUGGGGCAGGCGUAUGGGCGGCUGGCGAGUGACGUGCUGGUGGCUGUGGACCCAGAGUACAACCUGCAGUGGAUCCAAGUGGCUGCCCCCCAGGCCUACGCCAUGGUGGGCAUGGCAGCAACGCUAGCCGGAGUGUGCCUGGUGCCACUCACGUCGGUGCUGCUCCUCUUCGAGCUCACUCGAGACUACCGCAUUAUUCUUCCCCUCAUGGCCGCUGUUGGCAUCGCCGCUUGGAUCGCUGCUCCUGCCACCACACCACCAUCAUCCCCAUCACCAACAGCACCAGCAGCAGAAGUAGCAGCCGCGCCAAUGGCAGUAUCACCAACAGCAACAUCACAGCAAUCAACCUCCUCCUCCCUACCACCCGUCCCACCCUCCCUAGAAGCCACACCCGCCACUCCCUCCUCUCCCUGCUCACCAUUCCCCACGCCUCUCCCGCUCGCGAUCUCUUUCCCAUGGGACUUCACGGAUUUCUCAGAUGACUCGGCAUCGCUGGAUGUGCGCGACGGAGUGCUGCUGGAGGAGCAGGUGCAGCGCGACCUCCCCGUCUCCACUGCCAUGCGCCCCGCCUCCAGCCCUUCCCUUGCCGCCGUGCCGCUGCUGCUGGUGCGGCCGCGCGGGUACCGCCCACAGGGUAGGGGAGAUGGAGAGGCAGGGUAUAGGCCACAGGGUAUCGGUGUGAGGGAUAGGGGGUAUAUGGUGCAGGAAAGGGGUGGUGGGGGGGCGGAGAAUAGGGCGAGCACGGUGGGGGUAGCAACCCCCGAUUCAAAUCAAGGAGCAAGGGGUGUGGGGGAGGUGGAGUAUAGGCCGAGCACGGUGGGUGAGGCGGUGGCAGCGAUGGUGGCGAGCCGGCAGUGGUGCUGCGUGGUGGUGGGGGAUGGGGGCCGGUUGGAGGGGCUGCUUACACUGGUGGACGUGCAACAGGAGGUGGAGAGGAGGGUUGCUGCAGAGAGAAGGGGAGCAGGGAGAGGAGGGAGGGGUGGGAGGAGAGGGCGAGGAGUGAGAAGGGCGAGAGGGGGUGCAGGGGGGGAAGGGAGGGAGGGGGCAGGAGAAGGCAGCAGUGGAGAGAGCGAUGGGAGUGGUGGGGAAGAUGGCACUGGUGCGGCUGAUGGUGGUAUUGCAGCUAGGGUGAGUACUGCCAACGUGACAGUUAAGGGGGUGGUGGAGGGUCUACCAGUGUCUGUGCUAUGCACGCCGUGGCAGCAGCUGGAAACCAUCUCCCCAGGCGCCUCUCUCUACGAGGCUAGAAGGAGGCUCACAGCCCGCGGCAUCCGGCAGCUGCCCAUGGUGCUUCAGGUGGCGACGAGGAGAGGGGAGGGUAAAGGGGGCGAGGGGCAAGCAGGAGAAGGGAAUGAGGAGGGAGAGGAUGAGCGUGGGGUGGAGGGAGGCGGGACGAUAUUGGGGACGGAUGAGGUUGGGAGGGAGACGAGGCAAUUUGGGGAUGGGGAAGGGAGGGAGGAGAGGGGGAGUGAUUUGCUGCUGGUGGGGCUGUUGGAUCGGGACGAUAUUGCACGAGCCUGCAGGGCCGAGGCAACAAAACGGCUGCUACAGCUGUAG